GGGUGUUGUUGCAGAGUAGUAGUGGCGUGUUUCGCCAGCGCCACCACGAGCUCGAUUUCAGAUCCAUGGGUGAAUUCAUUAAAGUCAGCACGCACCUUUGAGGAUCCAAUCAAGUCCGACACGGAAGGUCGCCCACUGAGAACUUGGCGGACCUCCGAGACGCCGAGCAUGGCUGGCAUAACUCUCAUCAGCAGAUACUAGCUGGCGUUACUAUCUGCUCGCGCGACGACCUUGCGAGUGACAAGCUGAAGAGCAGCCAACGCGGAACUGCGGCAUGUGGAAACGAGGUGGAAUGACGUCAGCUCUUACUCUUUAUCGCCUGUGGAUCGUCCUUGCUCUCAUGUCUCAUCCAACCUUGCAGCUAACCGCCUGUCGCUUCGUUUUCACCACGCACGUUCGCAGCCAUCGCUGUGCGCAGUGAAUGAUCUUCAGAGCCACAGCCAUGGUGCACUCACCGUCGUCAACAUGACCAUGCUCUCGUUACUUGCUGUAGUCUGCGUGGCGUCGGCGGCGGCCCAGACGCCAUGGGCAGCGAACACGGCCAAACACUACCCUCCUUCCCCCGAUACAUGGGCCAACCUCACAUGGGCGCUGACGGGUCCCGGCGCGCCAGGCAUCUACAACUCCUCGCACACCCCCGACAGCCAGUAUGGAAUGUACAACUGUAAGUGUAGUCCUGUUCCGCUGACGGCAGGGUGCAAUAUGCCGCACGUCCGCGCGCAGGAGUACGUCGUGCCGGGAGACGAGUACGAGCUGGUGUACGUCGAAGCCGUGCAGCGGCACCACAAGCGGACGCCGUACGCGUCCAACACGCUGUUCCACGAGGACGCGUCUUGGGACUGUCCCGAUACGGGGCCGUACGCCCACGCCCGCGCCGCCACCUUUUCCACUGCGCCCGUGUAUUGGCAGGGCGCGGGCAAUCCGGCGAACCCCUUCGAGAAGGCCGUCGGGGGCUUCGUCAACUCGACAUGCCGCUUUCCGUCCAUCACGACCGAUGGUCUCGAAGACGCGCGCCAACACGGCGCCGACUUCGGCGGCGUGUACGCCGACCUCCUCGGAUUCCUCCCCUCCGGAUCGGAGCGGCACGCCUACGCCUUCCGCGUCACCAACAACGUCAUAACAAGCGCGACGCUCAGCGCCUUCGCCGUGGGCCUACAUCCCUGUGAGGCGGAGUACGCGGCGCAGAUCCAGCCUCUGGCAUACGACUCUCUCGAGCCAACCUUCGCCUGCCCCGCCGCCGCGCGCCUGCUGUCCCUCAUCCGCGCCGAACCCGAGUGGCAGGCGCACCUGUCCGCCUCGGCGGCGCUCAUGCGCCGCAUCGACGCCGUCGCGCACCGCCGAGAGUGGCAGGCCUCCUACGACCCCGCGUACGACAACUUCUCCGCGAAACAGUGCCACGCCCGCGCCCUCCCCCUCCCCCUCUCCCAAGCGGACGCGGACACAGUCUACCGCCUCGGACAGUGGGAGUACGCGUACACGUACCGCGCGUCGCGGCGGAGCACGGCGUACGCGGCGCUCAAGAUGGGCGCGUGGAUGCGCGAGCUGUCCGCGCACCUCCGCGCCGACGACGGCGUCAAGUACCGCCACAACUUUGCGCACGACGGCUCGGUCGCCGCCCUCCUCGGCCUCUUGCAGGCCGCGCGGCCGAUGUGGCCCGGCAUGGGCGCGGAACUGGUGUUCGAAGUAUGGCGCGCGUCGGGGCAGGAGGACCGCGUGCGCGUGCUCUGGAGCGGGCGGGCGCUCGAGACCGACACGCCGCUUGGCACACUCGACAUGGUGGCCCUUCGUGACCUGCUGGCGUAUCUCGACGACACAAUCCCGGCGGACCUCGUGUCGGCUUGUGCGUAG